AUGUAUUUUAAGGAGGUGCUGUAUGCAGUCCGGAUCAUACGACUUGUCGGAAUGAUGCUUGUGAUCUUCGUGAAAAAGAUGCACAAGAACCACAUAAAGGAAGUGGCUGCAGAGCAUGUGGGGACUGGAAUCAUGGGGAAAAUGGGGAACAAAGGAGGUGUGGCAGUGAGGUUUGUUUUCCACAACACUAGCUUCUGCAUCGUGAACUCCCAUCUAGCAGCACACGUUGAAGACUUUGAGCGCCGCAACCAGGACUAUAAAGACAUCUGCGCCCGCAUGACCUUCCACUUACUGGACCACCCCCCUCUCAGCAUCGUCAAACACGAUGUAGUAAUCUGGCUCGGGGAUUUGAACUACCGUCUGUGUUUGUACGAUGCUGCUGAGGUCAAACAUCACAUUGCUCAGAAUGACCUCAAAAAGCUUCAGGAUGUUGAUCAGCUGAACAUUCAGAGGCAGACAAAGAAAGCCUUCACAGACUUCAUGGAGGGAGAGAUCAACUUCAUUCCCACGUACAAGUACGACCCCAAAACGGAUCGAUGGGACUCAAGUGGGAAGUGCCGUGUCCCGGCUUGGUGUGACCGAAUCCUGUGGAGGGGCAGCAAUAUCAAGCAGCUCAAAUACCGGAGUCACAUGGAGCUGCAAACUAGUGACCACAAGCCUGUCAGUGCUCUCUUCACUGUGGGGGUCAAGGUGGUAAAUGAGCCGCGCCACAAAAAAGUGUUUGAGGAGAUUGUGCGCGCGAUGGACAGAAUGGAGAAUGAUUUCCUUCCAUCUUUAACGCUGAGCAGGAGAGAGUUCUCAUUUGGGAAUGUGAAAUUCCGCCAGCUUCAGAAGGAGCACUUCCUGAUAACGAAUGACGGGCAGGUCCCCUGUCACUUCGCCUUCAUCCCCAAACUCAACGACACGCAGUAUUGUAAGUCUUGGCUUCGUGCCGAGCCAAGCGAUGGAUUCUUAGAGCCCAACGAGACCCUGGAGAUCUACCUGGAGGUGUACGUCAGUAAAGACUCUGUCACGCUGCUGAACUCCGGAGAGGACGCCAUAGAGGACAUCUUGGUGCUCCAUCUGGACCGGGGCAAAGACUACUUCAUCACCAUCUCUGGGAACUACCUGCCCAGCUGCUUCGGCACCUCGCUGGAGACCCUGUGCCGCAUGAAGAAGCCCAUCAGAGAGAUCCCCAUCACCAAGCUGAUCGACCUGGAAGAGGACAGCUUCAUGGAAAAGGAGAGGUCAAAGGUUAGCUUCCUGAUGUCUGAAGGUGCAAGUACAGAAGACAAACCGCUGAAGAUCCCCAAGGAAGUGUGGAUUCUUGUCAACCAUCUCUACACCAGGUCCUGUGAUCAGGAGGACUUGUUCCAGACGCCAGGCCUGCAAGAGGAGCUGCAGAGCAUCAUCGACUGUCUGGACACGAGCAUCCCAGAAUCCAUCUCCGGCUGUAACCACUCUGUAGCCGAGGCUCUGCUGAUCUUCUUGGAGGCCUUGCCGGAGCCGGUGGUUUGUUACGAACUCUACCAGCGGUGCCUCGACUGCUCUCAUGACAGCCGCCUCUGCAAACAGUUGAUCUCCCAGUUGCCCCGCGCUCACCGCAACGUGUUCCGAUACUUAAUGGCCUUCCUGAAGGAACUCCUCAAACACUCACACAACAACAACCUGACUGCCAGCCUCAUAGCUACACUCUUUGCCAGCCUCCUCAUCCGACCCCCUCCCAACCUGAUGGGCAGGCAGACGCCACACGAGCGGCAGAAAACCAUCGACUUCAUCCUGGGGUUCCUCAUGGCUGCAGACGAGGAGUAACCAAGGACAAAGGUACCUCAUCACAACAACAGCCAGGUGUGGAGGAAAUCCCUCUCCUGAUCUGCUGUUGGCUAUGGACCUGCUGGACGCUGUGUAACGUGAUCCAUGUGCUACAUUAUCAUCUAUUGGCGUCCAGUGCAGAGGUUUUGCACCCGUUUCACAAACUCUCAUGUCAGAGGAACUCGAGACCAAGUGUCCUAUCUUCAGUUUGUUCACAGUGUGACAGCUCAGUGGAUUCGUUAGUACUUGUGUCGAGGUUUGAACUGUUGCCUCUGCACUUUCUGAACACCUCCACACUCGAGCUGUCCUUCUUACCAUGCCAAAACAACCCCUGAACAGUGAGUGGUGUGAAUGUGAAAACACUACCUAUCCAGAGAUGCUAAGCAAAAUACUAAAUUACACUAAAAGAAAAUUCCUGAAGUUUUAAGAAGUAGACUGAAUACAAUUAUAAAUAGUUUGAAAUGGGAUAAUUAUAGAAAAAUGUAUCGCUAAGAAUGUUAAAGCUUUAGAUAAAUCAUGACAAUCAUCAUUUUAACUGAGGGGACAACAUUAUAGAUAUCUUCGAGAACUUUUGGUUAACAUAAUCCUUGUAUUUUAACUGUUAUUUAUAUAUUUUUUUCCAUGUUUGCAACACUUUAUGGUUUCUAUGGUUUAUUUUCAAGCUCUGCAUUCUUUUUAAAAAUGCAUCGCUUUUUUUUUUAUCGUCAUAGAUAACUGUGUCGUGGACGUUUUGAUGUUGUUUUGUAACUCAAAGCCUAAGCCCUACAUCUAGUUUUGCCAGUUCCUCUCGAGUUUCAAAACACUCUGUUAACACUCUAACUUCCUGGUCAACCGGAAUCAAAGAAAGAGUCACCCUCUGAUUCUCUGUGUCUUAAACCGUGUAAUACUGAUUGUUUCCGUGUCUCAUGGGUGUUUGACUGUCCGUAUCGUGAUGCAAAUCUGUAAAUGUGUCCUACAGUUUGUCAUGAAGGUGGUACUGUUAUUGUCUGUGUUUGUUUAUGUGUCUAUUUCCAAACUUCUGCCUCAUCUUAAAGCACAUUUUUGUUAUUUUAGGCCUGUGCGAUGCCAAGAUACAGCUGUCGUUCCCCGUAGUGAAACCAGAUGUGUAAUACUCUUGCUUUUAGGUGAUGCAGCACGUUCACGGUGCAAGAUAUAAUGACCCAUUAUUCUACCGGAUACAAACUGUUUCAUGUGUGCCACUAAGUUCAUUUUUUCUUCUGUAUUCACUGUUGAAAGAUAUUUCCUUGUUACUGAAAUAAGGAACUGUUAUGCUCUGUGUAAUAGCCAUUUCCUCUUUCAUAGUUUUACCCAAUAUGUCAGCAUUAGUUCUCCUAGUUGAAAAAAAUAUUUACAUGUAUGACAUUUCCCUGUAUCUCCUGUAGUGUAUACAUGUCAGAAAAAAGCCCAGAGGUUUUCUUCUCCGAGGCUCCAGGACGUUCAGAAGAUGUAUUGUUUGGUGACAACACUAACAAUCAUGUCAUGUAUAGUCCGGCUGACAUUACUCAUCUCUUGCGUAGUUUUUUUCUGCCUUAUUGCCAUCAAUACACCAUUUCCCUCUGAUGAUGUAAACAUAGCUGAGCUUUUUCACUAAGAGGCUCGGCCUGUACGAAUAAUUCCCAGUGGUUCAGAUUUGGGAGUCAUUCUGUAUGUAUUUAAAUCAAUAUAAUCGAUAACCUCUGAUUUCCUUCUUUUAUGCUACUGUUCAAAAUGAUGUACUGCAUCGUGCUUUUUGUCUUCAGUUUUUGUCACAAUCUGUUCAUAAAAUUAAGGUACAUUUAAAAAGGUACAUGAGGAAACACUCGCACCUGUUUUCAACUUUUCAGAGUUUUGGUGCUUUAAUUUAUUCAACAGAAAUAAAACUGUGUAUAAAGCUG